AUGGAGAAGCAAGCUGGAGCCAAGCGUUAUGGGAAUAUACUGAAUGUUGACACAACAUGAGCUUUGGAGAAAACUGUGAAACCAGACGGUCUGAGAUGUGUAGAGCCACAUGCUGGUACAGUGCUGAAUGAUGGCCUGGGUGACCACGGGAAUGCAUUUGGAUGAAUGGAGGCUGGCAAACAGUACUGUAAGAUUGGCGAGCCAUGGGACACUGAAGAGCUCUUAGCACAAGACACAGAGAUUUUUUCUAUACCCACCUACAAAAAGCAACCUAUCCUGGUUGCCUAUCCUGGUGGGAUCUCAGCUAAUAAUGCAGGUGUUAACACUGUCCAGGCCUACGAUAAAAUGGUAGUUGGCAAAACACACGGCUAUGCCAAUGGUGUAGAUACAAGAUCCAGGUUUUAGAAGAGAAAUGGAUAUUGA